AUGAGUAAUACGACUUACGAGCACUUAGCUGGUAAAAUGAUCAAGUCGCCAAAGGAUAAGUAUGGCUUUACAAAAACUAGUACAUCCGACGAAGAAGAAGCGACACUUUCAGGGGCAAAUUGUAACAUAAAUCAUUCUGUCAAUACUACUCCUGUACGAAGCAAAACUAACAAAAGCAAUAAGAAUAGAAAAGUAUCAAAUACGGUAAAAAAUAGAUUGUAUAAAGAUCCACUUCAAGUCGAUAACGAGCUCAAGUCUGCGAACAAAUUUGAGAAAAAUACUCCAAUAAUAAAUAGCAAUAAGGAAAGAGGAAAUAAGCCAUCGUUUACGACUGAAAUUUUAGCGAUGAUGGAGUAUUUUUACACAUUGCAAUACUGUAUUAAGCUGAUCAAGACUUCAGAGUUGACCUUGUUGCGAGGAGCGAAAAUUAUGACUGUCGACGAUAUUUUAUUACAAUUUAGAAAAAAUAAGAAGAAGUAUAAGCACAUUUUAAAAAUCCUCAAUUUUAAGGAAGCUAAAGCUAAAACGCUAAAGCAUUACAUGUAUGCUGAAGAUGAUAUUAAUUAUGCUAAUAUAACCGAUCAUAGCUUUGAAUUAGAUCGUGACGAAAUUCAAGCUGAAAGAACUGAAAGAUUGGAAAUACUAACACGUAAAAUGGAUCAAUCACAAUAUUUAGAGUUUUCAGAAUGUCGUCAAGUUACUUUUUAUGCUAAACCAAACGUGCAAGCGAUUGAAUUACUGAGUGUCCUUGCAUAUGAGACCGUUGGAAGAGUUAUAGAGCUUUCUUUAAUUGUUAAAGCCGAUACAGAACAUAGAAGCAGUGACUGUUUCUUAUUGCAUUCGAAUCGACUAUGCCUAUCAACUGCUCCUUCCCCCGAGUUUUCGGAAACUAGUUCUCAGCUACCCUCUACUUCUGGAAUUACUGGCAAACGAAAAAGAUCUCAUAAGGAUCAAGAUAGUUGGAAUUUUCCCGGUGAACCGAUUUAUCCGCAUCAUAUACAAGAGGCUAUUCGUAGAUGCGACACUAUAUUGGGACCAAUGUGUCCAUUUACUGUUAGUUUAUUUCAUUGA